GGGCAGUGACUAUAUAGGGGGUGCGGCAGGGCUGCCAGUUCAGGGGUCCUCUUAUAGUUCGAUGAUAUAAGUGGACACCGCAGCUCACAGCCAUCCUAGUUGACUUAUUUUCGCUCAUCCAUCAACUCGUACCUACUAGUACAGAAAAAAUGCCAGCCAGUAUUUCUCCAACGCUUCCUCUUCUGUUGUUCUUUAUCUUUGCGUUCUGUUUGUCAAAUAAUGGCGUGCACGCCUUCGGGGCAGGCAACAUUCCUUCAUAUGCAUUUGUGGAAGGCAAGGCAUUUAGGCACGGAGAUAUCGAGGAUGCGCUCGCCGACCUCGUGAAGAAGGGGGUCGGGGGAUUCGCGCUCUCAAGUCUUAUCGGAAAGGGUCCAAAGUUUGGAGGGCUCGAUAUCAAACGCGUAUACUUUGGCAAUUGGUUGAGAGAUUACAGCCAGGCUGUUGACAUCGGUACACUGAAGAAAACUAAUAUGCAAACCAUCCUAAAUUUAGUUAUGGUGCUCGGGUUCAUGGCCAACGGAUAUGCUACUGGCGAAUUUGAAGUUACGCCAGAGAGACUCGGUACCUAUUUGCCAACAGAACAUAUCGACAAUCCGAAAGGUUAUGGAGAGGGAGAGGAUGCACGGCAGUAUGACCCCAGACUACGCGGCCCUGUCCACCCUGAUGAACUCGCCAUCGAUCCGCAGACGGGGAUGAAGAACUACAUCGCGAAUGAAAACGGUCAUUGGGAUACAUCCAAGGCGCUCGUGCGUAGAGUACUCCAGCAGUGCAUUUACCUCGGCAGGAAAUACAAGAGUUCCGGCAACAACGCAGAUCAAUACGAGGCGUUCAGGCUCCUUGGACAAGGUCUCCACACCCUUGAAGACUUCUCUGCGCAUUCUAACUUCUGCGAGCUUGCUCUUGUUUCCAUGGGACAUACUAAUGUAUUCGUGCAUAUGGGUGACGCUGUGCGAGUGCGUGCACACAACGGAAAGAUGGUCGCGCCGCUUGUUACUGGGACGUUCGGAUCGAGUGAUUUCAUUUUCAGCUUGCUUGGAGAGGCUACCGAUCACAUCAGUGAAGCUUCUGUCACGGACCUCAAUAAAGAAUUAGAUCGUGCGCGCUCCAAGUCUACGUCGUCGGGUGACGUACUCCGCGAUGCUUUUCUUAAACUUCCUGGUGGAAGCGGCGAUAAGAUGAGCCGCGACAUGGAAGGCAUCGAGCGCAUGCGCGCUGGGGUAGCACGUGGGGACAAGCGCCCCGAGGACAUGAGCCCACAAGAGCUUCACGGCGUGUUGUGGCAGGUCUUAAGCUUCAGAGAUUCUGUUAUGAAAAGCAUAUCGGGCACGAUAGAGAAGAUCCCGGGGCUCAACUCGGUUGUCGAGAAAAUUCAAGACUCGAUUUCCACGUUCGUCUUUACUACUUUGGAGCCUUUUUUGAGACCGAUCAUGGAGACCGCGACAUCCGGACUCCAAUUGGCCUCAUCAGAGGUGAUCGAUAAUCAUGAUCAAUAUGAGGUGUUCAACGACCCGUAUGCUAGCGACCCCACACAUUCUUUCCUUAGCAAAGAUCAUUUCAAUUUGAUCCUCAAUGAACCCGCCGGCAAUAUCGCAAAAAUCAUUCUAAAACAUACUGUCAACUUGGUAACGAAGGCAUGGGAUGACAGUUCACUCAAUGUGAAUGGGGUCACCGAGGAGAUACUGCAAUGCCUCUUCCAUCCCGACUUCCCCCAAACUUCUUCUGUAGUCCAGCGUGAGAUGCUGGAAUACAUGAGAUCGUGGGUGCAGAGUCUCGGGAAUAAACAGCACGCCAUGCUCGCACGUCUUACGAAGGAAUCGGUGCGAACGCACGACAACACUCGCUUGUCUGCCGAUGGGAGUGCUCCCCCUUCUCAGGGACAGAAUGUGCAGAUGCAACAGAGCAUUCAAGGCCUCGUGCAAGGAAUUCCUGGUGUUCCACAGAUGCAAGGCUUUAUGAACAUGGCGAGUGGAGGUGCGGGGAUAGGACGAGAGCAAUUCAGCGAGCAGGCUGGUUCCUAUUACUCGAAGCCAGAGAUAAGCACCUCAUAUGGGAGUGUGCACACUACCAGCUCGAGCUACUCGCCACCUUCUGCCCCGUUGCCGCCGUCAGCGGCGUAUGCCCCUAGUUCGUAUAUGCAGUCUAUGCAGAGCGGAACAUCGUUCCGUCCGCCUCCUGCACAGAGUCAAUAUGCACCGUCCUACGUGCAGCCGUCCUCUCACACGGCAUUCAUCAGCACGAGCAGCUCAUACGUGCAGAGCGAGCCUAGUGGGUACCCGACUGCUAGACCUGUAGGUGGCUAUCCACCACCAGGUGUUCCUUCACCAAGCGCUCCACCCACAGGUGGUUAUCCAUCACCACACCGUCCACAUGUAGGCGGUUACUCGCCACAGAGCGGCCCACUUCCAGGUGGCUUUGGUGGGUUCCCUGAAGAGCAUCAUGGCAUCCACGGUCAUGGCCACGCGCACGGCCAUGAGUUCCCCGAUGUGCCGGGGUAUGGUGGCCGGCCUGGGCCACCUGAGUUCCCUGACGAUCGACGCAGGGCUGGUGACCAGCAACAGUCUUCCUUCCCGGCGCCAGGAGGUUAUCCCUCGCGAACUGACCCAUAUGAUAGGAGGUGGUGAAAUACUCGGAGCAAACAAAUGCAUGUUGAAUUGUGUAUGUUUUAUGUUUUGUGCCGCUCGGAUUGCGUCAUGUACUGGAGCGGUGAAAUUCUAGCCGGUUGUAUUAUUACUGUAGAUGAAUAAAUUGGAUAAGUUACACUAUA